AUGCCCAUCCUCACACCGCCAUACCACUUCUCAAUCGUUGCCUGUCCGCCAAUCGCUCAAGACGGAGAGCAGCGAGCAGAAAUCCUGUACCGAGGAGCUGUGCCUGCCGUUCGGAACUUCCCAUUCCUCAAGCGCUUGCACUUGCGCACCAUCGUCUACCUGCACAAGAAGCCGCUUGGAGAGAGCGAGCCACUCGCAAGAUGGGCGAGGAAGCAUGAGGUCGAGGUGAUAUGCGUGAAGGCGGAGAAGAUGGGGGAGGAAAGCCUCGGGAUGGGGAGAACGCAAGUUGGCGAGGUGCUCAGGACUAUGCUGGACCCCUCGUCUUACCCGCUGUAUAUCGCAGAUAAGGACGGGAUCUCACAUACUACUCUACUGGUGUCGUGUCUGCGCAAACUCCAAGGCUGGACGCCCGAGUCCAUCCUUGACGAGAUAGCCAGAUUCGAGCCAGACCACGAAGACCUCCCACUCGUACCCUUCAUCACCUCCUAUCUUGCCACAGGGCCCAGUACCGACUCGCUCGUCCUCCCUUCCCCGCCCCUUCCAUCCUGGCUCUGGCCCACUAUCGCAUCGUCCACAACCAGUACCGACAAGAACGGAAGCACGACCGCCCCAUCCUCGGCGUCGGCAUCACCGGGUAUGACCCUCUCCCGCUCCAACACCAGCCUCAAUAAAGAGGCGAGGGAACGAGAGCCCUCCGCCCCGAGAGAGCGGGACAAGGAGAAGGAAAAGGAGAGAGACCGGGAACGUACCCUCUCCGCCCCAGCUGUUGGAUCCCUUCCAUUCCCCCAUCCCCUAUCAUCCCGGAAACACCCUACCAUGAAACUCACCUUCCCUCCUCUUCCCAGUACGAAUAUGGGACCGCCUCCCGUUCCGGACUCAGCAAGCGGAAAGACAGGGACAACACCUACGAACCCUUCCUUUGGCCUAUCGCGGGUCAACUCACGGCGCGAUACCCGGUCGGGGACUGUCGGUACAAGGGAGGACGAACAGAGCAUGAUGGCUGCUGCCACUUCGAUUCUGUCUGCGACGCUAGUCACUCUAGGCAUCGGGGUGGAGGAGAAGCGGACAGGAGAGGAGGGAGGCGGGGCAGGAGCGAGCGGGUCGGCCCUUACUGUGCGGGACGGUACAAAGCGGGAAGGACUGUCCGCCGCUGGAGAGCCUGCAAAUGCGAGUCGGGCGGUCAGCGCGGGAAAGCCGCCUGGGCUCGUAUCUCGCACAGUGAGCUGGGAAAAGAGCGGAGUAUCUGCAGGGAUCCUGGAACGGGACGUUCAGGAUGUCGGGGGACGCUCCAUGCCGUCGAAAGCCAGCACCGGUGGGAGCAGCAGCGAUGCUAGCGAGGCGGCCAGAGAGGUGGAAGGCGGUCAGCUCGUCGCUCUUGGCGAGAUGCAAGACGCGGCUGGCGGCGGAGCUCAAUCAGGGAGCAGUCCGGAGAGCUCAGCUGAGGAUUCCGAAACCGAGACCGAGCAGGAAGAAGAGGAAGACGAGGAAGACGAUGAGGAUGAGGAUGAAGACGAGGACGAUGACGAUGAUGGGGAGAUGAGCCUCCAACCUACCUCACUUCAUAUCUCGGCGUUAGAUCUAGCGGGUUACGGUUGA